UACAAUUUGUAGUUAUAAUUUAGCACUAAAAUGUACUAAAAUAGUUUUGCACUGAUAUGCACUAGAAUAUUAUAUUAAUUCAACAAUUUUGUGGCAAUGAUAACACCGGCGUAUUUGUUCCCAAUGGGAACCACCAGAGGAUAUGUCUUCAACGUUAUGAUGGCAACUAUUUAUGGCGGAAUGACUUCUUUUGGUACAAUUGUGCAAAUAAUUAUCAAACGAAAGACUUUUUUCACAGUCAAACCCCGACCACAACCGCCUCAAUGUCUUUUGGACAGUCGUUUAGGGGAACAUCACUUCCUUCAAACUAAAAAUAUAAAACUACAUUAUGUUUCAAACGGUGAUCCAAACAAACCAUUAAUGCUUUUCCUUCACGGCUUUCCCGAAGUGUGGUAUUCGUGGAGAAAUCAAUUACCAGAGUUUAGUAAAGAUUACUAUACCGUAGCACUUAGUCUGAGAGGUUAUGGAGAUUCAGACCGACCUUCAGGUGUCGCCAACUAUUCAUUGGAUAAACUGGUAGAUGAUGUCAGAGAUUUUGUGGUCGGAAUCGGAAAACAAAAGUGUAUAUUAGUUUCACAUGAUUGGGGUGGACUCGUGGCCUGGACUGUCAGCGCUAAGUAUCCCGAAAUUGUUGAUAGAUUUAUUGUAUGUAAUGCCCCGCAUAUCAAAUCAUUUAUGGAUACUAUUGAGACCAAUUGGAAACAAUUUUUUUCAUCAUGGUAUAUAUACUUUUUCAAUAUUCCAUAUUUACCUGAACUGAGACUUACUUGCAAUGAUUUGCAAGCAUUUGACUAUAUAUUCAGAAAGUUGGGCACAAAAGAAGAUAUUGAAGCCUAUAAGUACUACUUUAGUAGACCGGGAGCACUAACCGGCCCAAUAAACUAUUAUCGGGCCCUUCAACGCAACUAUGCACUUGAUUUUUGGCAAAAUAUCAAAAACAAGAAAAUCAAAGCACCGACACUUGUCAUAUGGGGUCGCAAUGAUUUGGCACUCACUGAUGGCUUACCGGCCGAUAGCUGCAAACAUUGUGACAAUUAUACCAUCAAAAUGAUUGAAGACUGUUCUCAUUGGACACCAUUUGAUAAACCAGAUAUUGUUAACAAAUAUAUGCGACAAUUCCUAAAUACUAAAUAUUAAAACAAUUCAUCAGACAAUUUACUUAAGAAAAUAAUUUUUAAAUAUUUAAGAAUUUAUAUAAAGUACUAAUAUU